CAGCACCCUGACGAAAGCAGAGAGAGAUGUUUCUCCUUUCACCACCAUGGACGGCAGAUGGAAGUUCAGCGCGUCGGGCGCUUUGGAAUUCAGCGGGGAUGGAGCGCAGGAUGAGCUGCUGAGGGACAUCGACGACUUACGAUCAGAAAAUGAAUAUUUAAAGGACGAGUUAGAGGAGCUGCGUUCGGAGAUGCUGGAGAUGAGGGACCUGUAUAUGGAGGAGGAUGUGUACCAGCUACAGGAGCUCAAGCAGCAACUGGAACAGGCCAACAAGACGUGUCGCAUCUUGCAGUAUCGCCUUCGCAAGGCUGAGAGACGCAGUCUGCGUGUUGCCCAGACCGGCCAGGUGGACGGCGAGCUUAUCCGCACUCUGGAACAUGAUGUCCGGGUGGCAAAAAGUGUGUCCCUGCGCCUGCACACUGAGCUUGAGACGGUGCAAAAGAAGAACUUGCGGCUGGAGUGGGAAAAUGAAGAGCUGCGGGAGCAGCUCCAGAAUCUAGAAGUGGCAAAGCAGGUCCUGCAGGCAGAAAUGAACAAAUCUAAAGAGAAUUCCAUAAAGAGGAGAAGUUUGAAAUCUGCUGGGAGCAAGAAUGAAAAGAAGAAUCCCCCACAGGAUGAUAGUGAAGAUCUGAAAUGCCAGCUGCAUUUUGCCAAAGAGGAAUCAGCCCUUAUGUGCAAGAAGCUGACUAAGAUGGCUGAGGAAUGUGAGACCAUGCAAGAGGAAUUAUCCAAGUACAAACUGCUUUACGGCGAUGUUGAUGCAUCUCAGGCUGCAGCAGGGACCGUUAACUCUGCCCACACACGUGAAGCAGAGGUCAAAGUUCAUCUUCGUCUGGUGGAAGAAGAAGCUACACUGCUGAGCCGACGGAUUGUGGAGCUGGAAGUGGAGAACCGAGGGCUGAGAGCGGAGAUGAAUGAAAUGCGAGAGAGAGCAGGAUGGGGCCAAGACGAGGAAGACACAGUUAUAGAGGGCAGAGAGAAGUGUCUGGCUACAUCUUUGUCUGUAGAGAAAGAAAAAGAGGCUAAUGGUGUUACACAUAAUGGGCAUCCAGAGGCUGAAGAAAGAACUGAAGGCAAUGUCCAGUCAGUGAGUGUAGUAGGAGUAGAGAACUGUCCAUUAAGUCACAACCUUAGAGAGGAACCGAUGGAUGUGGUGACACACCAUCCUCAAGACCAAAAUAUAUGUCAUGAGAAUGCAGCAAAAGACCAGGGUUGUACUGCUAGUCUGAAGGAUCGAGAGGCCCUGCUUGCAAUCCGUGACCAGGCUAUGCUAGUUAGAUCAAUUAUCCAGGUCCUAAUCCCACCAGCAAAAAACGGUUUCUCACCAAUGUCCAACCAUAACUUUAUCUCGAGCAACCUUUUCCUCAGCAAAAUUGAGGCUGAUUCUCAUUGCCUGAAUAAUCCAUGGGUUUUGGAUCCCAUGAUGAGUCCCUUGACCAGUGGACUGGAGGUGCUACAAGCCCAGUUACAUACCCUUGUUGCAAAGUUAGAUGUUCUGGUAAAUUCUGUGCCGAGUGAAAUUGGUCAAGAUGCAAAUGCAGAAAAGGUGAUGGAGACAGUUGAACAAGUAGCACAGCAAUGUUCUGCUGAGAAAAAGACCUGCAAUGAGGAGCAGAACUGUAACCAGGCCAGUCUUGAGCUACUCACGAUACAACUCCGCUGGUUCCUCCGGCAAUGGCGGCAAGGAGAGAGACCAUCUGGAGAAGACAAGAACCUAUUUGAGAUGGACUUCCAGAAAGAUCUUUAUCCUCAAAUGAAGGCUGACUUACUGGGAUCCAAGAAAACUUGCAACUCAUCUAGAGAAGCAAAACCUUACGAAAAGUGCCAUAAGCAGAUGAGCAGUGCUCUGCUCUCAGAUAUGAAGGCAGCACUGCAGGAUUUGUGUUGUGAGCUGCAGGAAGAAUACCGGGCUGGCCAGCAUGUUGCACAACAGUUUGCAGAAGCUAAAGCAGCAUGGACUGUGGAGUGUACAGAGCUCAGGAGCCUCAUUAGUAGACUAGAGGAUCCAUCUGAGGCAAAGGAUAUUCCAGACCCGAAGAUGGCAUUGCAGAAGGAUUAUUUUGAGGAGCUUCAGAACCUUUUAGAUGAGUCCCAUGCUGCAGUCAUUGAUGUGACCAGACAACUGAAAAUGUGUGAGCGUAAUUGGAAUUGCGAGCCUCAGGAGCUCCUAACAUACCUACGUGAAGUCCACCUGGCCUGGGACAAGCAAAGCAAGGACAAUGAGGCAUUCAAGCGCCCCCAGAAAAGAGGAGAAACAAAAAGACUGACUCAUCAAGCUGGUCUGUCAACAUACAGGUCCAGCAAGAAUUGGAUAUACCUCAGCCAAGAGGCAGCUUUGGUGGACAGAGAAGAUCCAUUCAAGACCUGGGACUGUCCCAUCAUACCAACCAGCUUCUCUGGUCUGAAUCUAAAGCAGACAACAGCACAGAAAAGCCACACAGCUCCAGAGAAAACCACCAUCCGCAUAUACUACAGUCCCCCGUCAGCCCGCAGGAUUCUUCUAAGUGCUGUGCCAUUUGGAGAUGAGGACAAGCAUGAGAAGAAACAGGAGAAAGAGGAACCAUACUGCCAACACUCUAAACAUAUAAAUGAAAUGAAUGUCUGUGGUACCUGGCAGGGUACUUUACCUUUUCAGUGCCAGAGCAUGAUAGAGCAGGGCCCAUUUGCUGUUAUUAGAUCCAAUCCAUCUUCUGGUUUUCAGUACCCUGGUGUUUCAUCUUCAUCUUGCUUGCCCUUCAGUGGAUGGGAGGUCUCAGGAAACUUGAGUGAUGACAUGAAAGAAAUGACAGCUAGUGUGCUUGAAAGGAGGAGAAGGAGCAUCUCGGGUAACCGUUCUGUUGGAGUAAUCAGUAUAGGAACGCAGACUCAUACCCAGCCACAGGUGAAUAGUAUUGGACUUCAGACUGACAUCUAUCAAAAUAUGUGUGCAAACAAACACCGGUCACCCAGGGUCCCCUCAUUUGUGUCUGCCCGCUCCCAAAAAAAUUCAUAUUCCUUGGAGAGGAUGCCUGGGCCAUUAGAUAAGCCUCCAUCUUGCUCAGCUUCACCCAAACUACAGCGACGGCACUCCAUCUCAUCUCCCCUUUGCUCCAGCUCUUCUUCUUCUUCCAACACUACAAACUCCCCUUAUUCUUUCAACUCAGCUUCCUUGUCCUCAUCGUCAUCUCUGACCAGUUCCUCUAAGUUGGAGCCCCCUAAGGAAUGUAGUGUAUGGGGUCUUCCUCAGUGCAGUUCUAGAAACAUGAAACCUACCUCAACAUUUGGGGGUAGCAGUGAGAAGUCUGCUGGCCGUAAGACUGCAGGAAUCCACAAGUAUGGCCUGGUUCAAGAGUUUUUCCGCAACGUGUGUGGUCGUGGAGAGAAACAAAACCCACCAAAUCCAGGAGGGGAGAAGGUACCAGAUUUACGCAGGGAUCAAGCAAGUUCAGCAAGAUUAAAGAAAACAGAAGGGCCUCCUUCUAGGAUUCCCACAGUGCCACUGGGCAGGAGUGACAGUGUCACUAGAAUUGUUAAUCACAGAUUUAUGAAACAGGGUAGGAAGGAUGAACCACGACCAACCCAGACACAAACACAGGGUCAGUACCAAAACCAGACCAAGACAGCCAUGAGCAAGGAUAAGGGAUUUGGCCCUGCUUCUCUGGAGGAUGUUCCCUGUGGCUGCAGCUCUCGAACUCUAGCGUCCUGCUUCGCUCGAGUGUCUCGCACCAAUAUUCGUCACACCCACAGCCACUGUAAGCUCCGCCCCACAGCAGCUGAUGGGAAAGGGAAUCUGCUUUCUCAGUGAUGGGUGGCAUCACCAUGCACACUGAUACCAAUACACAGCUGACAGGAUACUUUACAAAGGUGGAGCAGCUACCUUAUGUUUUUUUUUUCUAUUAAGACUUAUUGUAGUACAAA